AUGGCGGGGAUGAUGCUCUGCGAACCCACCGAGCUCUACAACAUCCUCAACCAGCACCGCCGCUUCCCCAGGCUGUCCGAGCCCAACUACCUCAUCCUGCUGGAUGCCCGCACUCUUCAUGAGUACAAUGAAAGCCACAUCAUUACAGCACGCAGGAUUGAACAGAGCCCUACAGGGGAGUAUCUGGUGCCAGAUCCUGAGGAACUGGCAUGUGUCAGAUACUGCGUGGUGUAUGACUGUAUGAGCAGCUCUUUGGACUUCUAUGACUCUGAGGAAGAGGAAAAAGAGAAAGAUGCUGAGGAAGGAACUGCUGCCCGACACGCCAGCAGCUUGCAGCAGUUCAGCCGCCAUCCGGUGCUUGUCCUCAGGGGAGGAUACAAACGUUUCUCAGCUUGCUACCACUUCCUGAGGACUCAGAAGAUACUGUGGAUGCCUCAGGAACUCGACAACUUCCAGCCGUACCCUGUAGAAAUACUGCCUGGAAAGUUAUACAUGGGCAAUUUCAAGCAGGCCUGCGACCAACAAAUUCAGAAAGAUUUGAAGAUCAAAGCACAAGUCAACAUUUCUGAACAGCCUGCAAUGCUGUGGGCAGAAGAAGGCAAAUACCUCCAUAUAUCUGUUCCAGAUUCACUUGAAGCAGAUCUUUUUUCUUCCUUUUCUACAAUUUGUCAUUUCAUUGACACCCAGCUGGAUCUCGGAGCAGUGCUGGUGUUCUCUAGCCUGGGGAUAAGCCGGAGCAGCACAGUAACCAUGGCCUAUCUUAUGCAUUCCUUCCAGUUUUCCCUGAAGAAAGCUUGGAACCACGUUCUGAAAUGCAAAACAAACGUGAGACCACACCGGGGCUUUGUGAAACAGCUUUCAGACUGGGAGGCUCAAAUCUAUGGGACCACCAUCACUGAUGUCUCUGAACCCAAUUACUGAGCACAGGAAAGGAUGGUUCUUUGU